AUGCAGAGCUGCUUCCAACAACUCGCAAGCGUCACGCCUGCCUAUACACUCGCUUGGGCCAGACCCCAUCCUUCUUCCGGCUUCUCCACUGGCGUUCGGUGCCAGGCCGACCACCUGACCAUGACUGUGCCGAUGUCUUCCUCCCAGAUCACUCGUCUUGCUGCGCAGGUAAAGCUUUGGCAUCGGCGCCUUUUCCUCAUGCAUAACAACUUCCUCGCCAACGUUGGUUGA